AUCUGCAAAAGUCGUGGUGUGAAGGUGGGAAGACAAGAAAUAUCAGGGACUUCCAGAGACCCUCGUGUGCAGUGGUGUCUAUACGGCAAACCCAUCACAGCAGGGGCUGCAGGGGGAAGGUGUCCCUUCACAGCCCUUGGCAGAGAUGGGUGGGAUUCACAGAUUGGUUCCUCUCUGCCACUCAGCACCUGGGAUUUGAUUUGAUGGCCCAGAGUGGGUUUGCUUUACAGAGGAUGGCAGUGCUGAGCCUGAGGUGUGGAAGGAGCAAAGCAAGCAGCUGCUGCCCCAGACAGCAGGGAUGCUGCAGGAGGUGCUGAGCUGGUGAGGAGCAGCUGAGCUGGAGCUGAGGAAUCGCCUCUGGCCUACAGUGCUUCUCUGCUCUGACCAUGGAGGCUGUGCCUGGCAGGCUCUCUCUGCCUUCCUUUUUUUCUCUUUUUGUUCAGCCCUUUGUGCUUACACUCGGGAUUUGUGACCCCAGCCUUUUCCUAGCAGGACCCCUCCUCAUGGGCACAAAGCACUGUGGCCUUUCCAUCCCAAUAGAGCACUCUGGGGAGGUCAGCCAUUCAUGCUGUGCAUCCCAGCUCUGGCUCACAUGACAGCGAGUCAGUGGGAGGUCAGGGGGUGCUCACCAGACAGCAGCAACAUCCUGCAAAGGGAAAGCACCUCCUGCUAGAAGGGAAGUGGCACAGCAAGGGAGAAAGCACAAUUCCAAAGGAGAAGUCCCAGACAUGAGCCCAGCUGCUGCCCUGCAGUGCAUCCAGGCAGACCCACAGCGGCUCCUCUGCAGCUGAGAGCUGCAUGCAGGCAACCUGCAGUACCAGGCUGUGAGGUUUCCAGGGCCCUGCUGGCUGGGAAGCUGGCUGUGCUGUGUUUAGGAGGAGUUAACAGCAAGCAAAAAAAGAAAAAAAAUCCGGAAAUAAGUAUCAUUCCUUGCCAUCCCUUUUGUCCCUUACUAAUGUCAUCACUGCCUGAUUCCCACUAGCCUACAUUUCCUGCUUAUGGGGACAAGUUUUUAUCUGCUGAGAAAAUAAGCGUGUGCUUGCUUUGCAAACAAAUGGCUCUCCUUGAGCAGCUGAAGGUGAAACUCCCUUGCACCAAGCUGCUCUGUGCUCCCCGAGGAGCAGCUGUUUCAGGGCUGACCGCAGCAGUAGUGGGGUACUUGACCAGUGAGAUCCCACUCCAAGAGCACCCAGGGUGGGGACCAGAGCCAGUCAGUGGGGGUGGCCACUCCAUCCUCCCCCAACAGCUGUGAGCUGUGAAUGGCACCAAAACUGCCUUUGUUCCCCUCCCCAGUGGGCAGGACGAAGGCCAGAGGGUAUAAAGGGAGCUGAGGCCCUGCUCCCAGCCCCAUCCCCAGCCAUGGGCCGAUUCACUGUGCCCACUGCUGCAGUGCUGCUCUGCCAGCUGGGGCUCGCCAUGGCCAUCCAGUGGCUAGCACUGGCAGAGAACGGCAGCGGAGCGUCCUGGGACAGAAUCCACCACUGCCGGCUCCUGGCUGGACUCGUGCCCGACCAGGUCCAGAUAUGCCGCAGGAACCUGGAGGUCAUGAACAGCAUUGUUCAGGCUGCCAGCGAGAUCAAGAGCAUCUGCCAGAAGACCUUUUCAGGCAUGAGGUGGAACUGCUCCUCCAUCCAGCGUGCCCCCAGCUUCGGUCCUGACCUGCUGAAAGGGACCAGGGAAUCUGCCUUUGUCCAUGCGCUCUCUGCCGCUGCCAUUGCACACUCCAUUGCCCAAGCCUGUGCCUCAGGGUCACUCCCGCUCUGCUCCUGCGGCUCCGUCCCCUCCGAACUCCCCGGACCGGACUUCAGAUGGGGUGGCUGCGGGGACAACCUGCACUACGGCCUCCAGCUGGGUGCUGCUUUUGCUGACAGCCCCCUAAAAUCCAACAAGCUGGGAUCGCAGGCUCUCAGGGCCAUGAAUUGGCAUAACAACGUGGCAGGAAGGCAGGUGCUGAGUGAGUCCCUGGAUACCAAGUGCAAAUGCCACGGUGUUUCAGGCUCCUGUUCGGUGAAGACGUGUUGGAAGGCACUGCUGAGUCUGGGUGAAAUUGCCUCCGAGCUCAAAUCCAAGUACCUGGCAGCCAUCAGGGUGAGCCACCGCCUCGUGGGGCACAGGAAGCAGCUGAAGCCCACAGAAACAGACAUCAGGGUGAUGAGAGACACGGACCUGGUUUAUCUGAUCAACUCCCCCGACUACUGCACGCCCAAUGUCCACCUGGGGUCUGUGGGGACACAGGAUAGGCAGUGCAACAAGACAUCUGCAGGCAGUGAUGGCUGCAACCUGCUGUGCUGUGGCCGUGGCUACAACGCUUACAUGGAGGAGGUGGUGGAGAGGUGUCACUGCAAGUACCGCUGGUGCUGCUACGUGGUGUGCAAGAGAUGCCGGCGGCUGGUGGAGAGGUACGUCUGUAAAUAGUGUGGGGCAUCACAGCAGGCAGCAGGACUUGUGUUGAGUCUUCCAGUGUGCAGCCGCAGAACGGGCACCAUCUGCAAACAGUGCUCUGAAGGGGAUUAUGCUGUAAGCCUGGACUCUGGAACUACAACAGAGGACCUCAAACUGGGUGAUGAUGGGAAGCCUCAAACUAGAGGACGACCUCUGUCCUGUCUCACCAGAGUGAGACAAAGGGCUGCCCUCCCGCAGUGGAUCAGCAUCUGGCCCUCUGUCUCCAGCUGGGGACAACCAUUUAUCACCCGGCCCUGUUCUCCAGGGGUGAACGAGGACUCUGCACUGCCAUUGUCCUUUUGCAGGAGGCUUUUGACAGUGGCCUGAAAGCCAGGAGUGAUGGAUGAGAAGAUGGGUAAAGAGUUCUACGGGGGGAAGGCUGCAGGAAAGAAAACUGCUGAGGUUGAGGGGGUCCUGGUAGACCCUCUGGAGCCAGAUUUCUGCUGUGGGUUCACCCAACACCACUGAAUGUUCCUCCUCACGGGCAAAUGCUUCCAGAGCUCUUUGCAGCAUCUGUAAUAAAGAGCAAAGGCAGAGUCAGUUAUGGCUCCAGGAAACAGAACUCAUCUCUUUCCUCCACGACCCGCAUGGAGGUGGCUGCAGGUCUCACAGUUAGAAGACUUCAGCUGUGGCUGAUGGAAGUUGCUCCUUCCACCCCCUGACCCCAGGUGUGCUGGCACUGGCCUGGGGGGAGGACAGGAUUCCAGAGUCCUGAAGAAAUAAGCAUGACUCUUUAGACUCAAUGUAAGUGGGAUUCCGGUGUGUAUUGCUUAAAUAAAUGUACCAUACCAUGCCUCUGUGACAGACCUGCGUGUCACCUCCUCCCAAAGCCACCUUGGCAUUCAGCUGGCCCCAGAGAGAACAAGGCUGGAAGGAAAGUGUGAAGCACAGUGCAUAAGGUUCUGGUAGCUGGAAACAGAGGCAGCUGGGGCUCAUUUUCUGAUCUGUGUGUAUUGGGUUGGAACACAGUGUGUAUCAUAGAUAGGGUCCUGAUUCAGCUCAUCCUUCCCUCAGUUGCCAUGACUGCUUUUAGCAGGAGAGUUGGAGAAGCACUUGCAUAGAAUGAGAUUCCAGUUUGCGCAGCCUUUGGAGAGAAGGGAUGAACUUAAAUGUGUGUGUGCCGAGGAGAACCCACAGCACGAGGAGUGCAGGUAGAUGUGCCCGAGAUCCCAGGAUGGCUUCCUGCAGCUCCACCACAACCUAGAGGCUCUGGCAGCCUUGCGUGCGCCUUGUGUAAUUUGUGGUUUGCACUGAACGGAGCUGGUUGUGCUCAGCCCUGAGUCCAGCUGUAAGAUUACUCAUUUCCAUAUUCAUUCAAUCAUUUUUAACAGCCUCAGCUGGGUCACAGAAUCAAUUCACAAGCUUUUGUUGUAAACUAUCCCCUCCAUUUAAUGUGCUCCAGGUUUCUCUAUUAACAAUGAGUAAGAGCUGAGAGUCCAAGGUGGCUCAAAACAAGGCUGGGAGCUGGAAGCCCAAAUCCUCAGGGGUGAAGCACAUGCUCACAUGGCUAACCAAGUGAGUUAACCAUCAUUAUCAGUUGUUAAUGCAGCAUUGACUCGGUCUGGCUGCUGACAUACAGCUUUCCCAGAGCUACAGGAAGGCCACAGCUGGGAGGCUUCCGCUGCAGCUGCGAGGGCAGAGGAGCUAUCUCCAGUUUGUCUUUUAAAAUGCAAUUAGGAGUUAGUCACCAGCAUUCCUCAGAAAGGGAGGCUUCAGCUGCAACCCAGGGCCAGGCCGAGUACGGAGGUGAUGCAGGUACUUAAUUAGGAGGACUGCUUAAAUACCUUCCCCAUAACCACACCCACACUGCAAGAUCACAGGGAGGUGAAACUGGGAGGGGCUGUGAACUCCUCAGAGCAUUGCAAAACGAGCCGGGCAGAAGAAAAGAGGGGAAGGAUACUGAGAAGGGAGAGAUUCCACCAGGAGGGUGGGAAAUGUGAUUUGCAUUUGGUAACUGCAAACACACAUUGCCUGGGGUGGAGGAGAGGAGCCACAAUAGCUAGGAGCGCCCUGGGGAGAUGUCCUGAUUCCCCUCCUAGAGAGGUCCUGUUUGAAUUUCCGCCUGGGAAAAGGCAGGGUGAAGGGUGGAAUAUGCAGAGCCCUCUCCUCCUCUUGCUGCUUGCAUUCUCGCUGCAGGCCCAGCAGGGAAGGGCUGGAGGGGCGGUCAGCAGUGGGAUGCUGGGCUCCAUCUGUCUCCUGCAGGAGAUGGGGAAGUGCUGUAAUUAGCUGAAGGGUGCAAAGGGGUCAGGCUGGCAGGAGGGGCUGCGGUGGGGUGGUGGCAGUUCACUGACAAUGUUUAGAAUGGGAAGUGCUGCAGUCUGAGUUUGCAGCUGGAAUUUCCAGUCUUGUGAGAUUUGCUAGGCUGGAGGAGGCUCCUCAGGACUGGGAGCCAGAGCAAAAUCCAGCAAAGGACCCAGAGGGAAUAAACUAUCUGCUUGGCUCCAAGGUCUGCUGGGUGUAUCUUCUCUCUCUAACCCUGCCAAGGCAGGAAAGCCAGCAGAAAGCUGAUAAGGGCACACAGAGCCCUGUUUCCCCAGGCCAGCGCAGGCACCCUCCAAGGUAAAAGAUAGGAAACCUUGGUCCCUGACAUCACCCUCAGGUGGCUUCCAGCACCCAUCAGUGAGAUGCUGCCAGAGAAAUCGGUGCAGGAGGGCUUUACCUUAGCUGCCUACAAUUUCACUGCCAUCACAAACUCCUCAAGAUGUGGAAGGUGCCACUUCAUGACCUGAAUUAUAUGGACAACAGUGGCAGCAGUGUCCCUGAUGCUCUGUAAGGAUUAUGGCUUUGCAGCCCUUCAGACACAUCCUGCCUUAUUUCUUCUGCCCCAUUUUCACAAUCAGUCCUCUCCACACUGUGGCAGGCUGCUGUCAUUACCCUCUGCUUCACAAACCCUCAUUGGGCUCAACGCUAAUGUGACAGAUCUACCUCUUUGACUCCUCUGUCAUUACCCAUUUUCCACAUGUCUUGUGGCUUUUUGUUUAUCUCUGUUUGUCUCUGGAAAUGAGACUCCCGGAGCUGAAUGGUCAUGGCAGAAGCUCUUCACUUUGCAGUGCUGUGAACUGACAUGGGAGAGAUGGCUCUGAAUGUAGCUCGUGCACAGAAGAAAACCAUCCCUCUGCAUGCAAUUUGAUGAGAAUCAGGCAAAGGGUUUGCUCUGAAAAGCCUCCUCUCUGUUAUUGCUUGGCUUUUGUGUUUGAAAAGAGUAAAACAGGUGUGCACACGACUGUUCCCUGCUGGUUAAGGAUGCUGCUUAACUAAUUCUAGGCAGACAAUCCAGGCAAGGGCAACAAGCUUUUGGUAAAUAAGUAAAAUCUAUGGGAAAGAAUGGCACUGCCUUCAAGGAUGCUUUGGGAUAUUCCUUCCCUACAGCCCCAGAAUGCAACUCUGAGGGGGGAGUGUUUGAAGACCUCCAUCUGCACCAGCACAGCUCCUUCCUUCUGCUGGCCCCAUGGAUGGCUGAGCCAGAACAAGGGGAAGGCAGAACUGAGGUCACUGGGGCUCAGCUGUUGAUCAAUGCCUGUUCUGUUGUAAGGUUCUGGGGAAUGUUACCUUGACCUUUGGUGUUUACAGUAUCACACCACCAGAUACAAACAUGAGCAAAGACUUGUAUUUAAGGAAAAACCCUUGCC